GAGAGAGAGAGGAGGAGGAACAGAGGGAAAGGUAUCAUCAGCAGCAACAGCAGUGCAGCACAAAGGCGAGCGCAACGGGGGAAGGUGAAGAGAGUGAAUGAGUGAGAGAGAGAGAGAGAGAGAGAGAGAGAGAGAGAGAGAGAAAGAAGAAGAAGAGGUUUGAGGAGGAUUGAGUCCUUUGCCGCAGACAUGACCACAGGCUCAUCAUUCAACCGGACGUAACCUUGACGAUCCUCGUCUGCUGCUGCUGCACACUGGAGCACAGCAGAGUGUGCGAUGUGUGUGUGAGGGUGCGCUCAGGCGUUGCUAUGAGAGUCGCAUCAUCUUUUACAGCGUGUACAUGUGUGCUCCGUUAACGUUCGGCUCAACUAAUGGAAAAAGGAACCGUCAAGUGCGUGAGUGUGUGUGAGAAAGCGUGAGUGUGAAUCGAGUGCCAUACAAAAGGUCAAAUAGGUGUAGAAUAGGUCUAUCAGUACGGUUGUAAGAAGGCGGGAUAAAAUGCAAGAGCAAGUAAAGCAUUCUUAACCUAAAGAGAAAGCGAGAGAGAGAGACAAUAUAGUGAAGAGACGGACAGUGUGUGUGAGACAGUGAGAGAUGCGGUAUGGUUGAAGUCUCUGUGCCUCAGCAUCAUCAGAUUUUCUGCUGCAGAUGCUACAGUAGCUCAUCUCUGCACUAGAGCGCUACCCUGACACACACACACACACGCGCAGAAACGAACAGACGCACACAGCUGCAGCUUUGGGGAGGAACCAAAGGAUCCGCUCAAAGGUCAAUAGAGGGACGCUGGAAGAGCGGCCGAGGGCAGAGGUCGGGACACCUCCAGCUGAAGGUCAGAGGCGGCACAAGAGCCAUAAGAAAGGCAUCAUGGGCGAGUGGACUAUAUUGGAGAGGUUGCUGGAGGCUGCGGUGCAGCAGCACUCUACUAUGAUCGGCAGGAUCCUGCUGACAGUGGUGGUGAUAUUUCGGAUCCUCAUUGUAGGAAUAGUGGGAGAGAAGGUGUAUGAAGAUGAACAGAUAAUGUUUAUCUGUAACACGUUGCAGCCGGGUUGCAACCAGGCCUGCUACGAUAAAGCCUUCCCCAUCUCCCAUAUCCGUUACUGGGUUUUCCAGAUCAUCUUGGUGUGCACCCCAAGCCUCUGUUUUAUCACUUACUCUGUGCACCAGUCUGCCAAGUACAAAGAUCGCACCUAUACCUAUCUGCACGGCCCUUACAUCGAUCACGGACACGGACACGGACACGGGCCGAGCCGCAAGCUCCGAAACAUCAAUGGCAUCCUAGUGCACCCGGAAAGCAAAGAUGAGCAUGAAUGUAUGGAUUUGAAAGAUAUUCCCAAUAUUCCACAGGGGGUCACGUACUCCAAAACUAACAAGAUGCGUCAACAGGAGGGCAUUUCCCGUUUCUACGUCAUACAGGUGGUGUUCCGUAACGUUUUGGAAAUUGGAUUUCUUGCUGGUCAGUACUUCUUGUACGGAUUCAAUGUUCCCGCCAUGUUCGAGUGCGACCGUUACCCCUGCGUGAAGGAGGUAGAAUGCUACGUUUCACGUCCCACAGAGAAGACAGUUUUCCUCGUGUUCAUGUUUGCGGUUAGCGGGAUCUGCGUGGUGCUAAAUUUGGCCGAGCUUAACCACCUGGGUUGGCGGAAGAUUAAGGCAGCGAUCCGUGGGGUCCAGGCUCGGAGAAAGUCCAUUUGCGAGAUCCGGAAAAAGGAUGUGUCCCACCUAUCCUCUGUGCCCAACUUGGGCCGCACCCAAUCUAGUGAAUCUGCCUAUGUCUGACGGCGAAUAGGGGAGGGGCUUAGACGAGGUUGGGAGUGGCUGAUGAGGCGACGGCCACGCCCUGUGCUGCACACUUGACACUUGAUUUUAUGCAUAGUUAAGACAGGGCAAGCGAGGGGAAGGGUGUAAAAAAAGAAAAUGAGUGAGGGAGGGUUUUAGUUGAAUGUUAAAUUCAUUAAAUAAUAUUCAGAUUUGGCAUUUGAAACUUUGUGGAGAGUAAAAUUAAACUCUUUCAAACUUUAAUUAUGACCACUGUGGAACAGGAGGGGGGCUUACACUCUGUACAAAAACACAUUUACACUGAAGACAGAUAUAUAUGGAUAUCCAAGAGCCCCCAAAACAUCUUACAAGUCUUCCAACAGAAAGGAGACAUUUAAGAAAUUAAACUGCUUGUUGUCUAAA